AUGGAAGAGGAUGAAGAUUCGAAUGAGAUAACACCUGAUCAGGCACUUGAGUUUCUCAGAGUGCCGGAAGCAAUUAUGGAACCAAGAAUUGCGGAAGCUAUACGAAUAUAUCUGGAAGAAGGUAGCGGAAGUAGUGAAACUGCAAUUGAAGCAAUGGUUAUGGGAUAUAAUGCAUAUGCUCAGGCUGUGAACAUGAUGUCCGAUUGGCUUACUGCAUUGGGUGAUGUGCCGCCAGAAGAACCUGUGCAGGUUGCUCAGCCGAAGAAAACGAAGAGAGGUCGACGAGGGGCGAAAACAGCAGCAAAGAAGGCAGAAGAAGAAGAGGCUAGGCGUAAAGAGGAGGAGAAAGCAAAAGAGCCGGACACACCUAAAAGUCCGACGAAAAAGCAUGAAACAGAAAAGAGGUUGGAUCCGUUCUAUGGGAGAAUGGAAGCAGUGAAAAGCGUCGAAAACACUCUAGCAGCACUUAUAGCCAAGCAUUUUUCUCCCGAUAUCGCCGAUACCAUUUUUGAAGAUGGAGGAGUGAUCGAAUGGUUGCCAGAAUUGAUAAAUCACAAGCGAUGGCGAACUUUGUUAUAUGAAUUGAUGGACCAAUAUCCGAAUUGUCUUAUGCUCAAUUUUGCGGUGAAACUUAUCUCUGACGCUGGAUUCCAAACAGAAAUCAGCACAGUUAGCUCCGCAGCACAACAGCUCGAUAUAUUUUCGAGAGUGCUUUUGACUUCAAUAGAUGCGGUUUUGGUGGAACAUCGUAAAGGAUGUUUGACAGCUGCCUAUGAAAAGGCUUUUGGAGAACUAGUUCGAGUUGUAUGCCAAGCAGAGCAUACUUAUGUCUACACAAUAGCUUUGCUCAAAGCGGUAGGAACAUCUGAAGGAGGACGAAUUCUAGCAGCUUGCGAGCAAAUGGCUGACGCACUUCGAGCUGAGAUGGAGGGUCGCGAGCACGAAACCACCGCCCUUCGAACCGCACUAGCUCAAACUGCUGAUGAUCAGGUGGCUUCACAUUUUACUCAAGCGCUGCUGAACAUGGUUAGCCGAGGUGAACUUAACCCUGCUGAUGUGACGAUCAUCUAUGAUCAGUAUAUCCUUCCACUGCCUCCUCCAAUAUCCAUCAUUCGAGAUCCGAUAUUCAUAGAUUUACUGCUGGAUUCUUUAUUUCACUAUCAAGGACCAAAGACCAUCCCGGAACAUCGAUUCAAGUACAUCUUUCUUCUGGCGUGUGCCGCAUCUGUGUCAGAGACAAGAAGCAGCAAUGGAAGAAGAACGCAAUCCCGACUAGAGCUCGAUAAUUGUCGACAAUGUCUGGAUGAUGCAGUAAGCUUGUUAGAAGGCAUGGAUGAUCUCUUGGCUGAGCUGAAUGACCUACUUCAUGCUAUAAAAAUGCCUGUAGUGGCUGCAGGUGUACUGUAUUAUGUGCAGACGUUGCUGCUGUCUGAGGAGCGAACUGGUGAUCCGCCAGGUGCUGCAUUGUGUCUCUUAGACCAUAUCUCUACACUGCACCCAAAUCUGCAUGCAAAAGCCUUUGAUGUUUGCUGUCAACUCUAUGAAAAGAUUGCUGGAGAAAACGAAGCUGCUGAGGUGAUAAUGGAACGGCAGCGAUUGGUUGUUGAUCGGUUCGUUCAUCUACUGUCGGUAGGAGGUGCAAUACCAGUUUUGGAAAAGGUUUGGGAAAUGUUUCGUGAUGGGCAAAUUGAUGCCUCUUUAGUGCGUUAUUUUGCAAUGGAGGUUCUUGAAAUCAUUGCACCACCAUUUUCUGAUGAUCUCGUGAAUUUAUUCCUUCCAAUGGUCAGUGAUGAGGAAAUUUUCGAUAAAGCUGCACAGGAACGUUUUCCUCCAGCAGGCGAAUUCAUUCAACAUUGUCAGCAGCAGCUUCCUUCAUCAUCAGCACUUGCAUAGGCUGGACCGCUGUGUCCUCCAAAGCAUUUAACUUUCCCAUUCCUCAAGAGCUGGAGCUCUUACAUUUAGCAUUGAUAAGAUCGAUGCUAUGAUCUCAUUGACAACUCGGUUGUAUGUGCCUAAUUAUACGUCACUCACUUCCUACAGUGAUCCAAAACUUCAUCCUACCGUGUCUUGCAUCGUCAUUUCAUCAUUUCGUCAUUUACUGUUGAGUACAUUUUUUCAGAAUAAAACUUUAAGUCC